AUGGGAGAGAAAGAGAAGAGAAACAAGAACAAGAAGCAAAAGCACCAGCACCCCAAUGACCAAACCACAAAGCAGAACUCUGAUUUCUCCUUCAAGCCAAGCUCAGAGGUAAAGGGUAUCCGAUUUGGAGGGCAAUUCAUAGUGAAGUCCUUCACAAUCAGAAGGGCAAGACCCUUGGAGCUUCUCAAGGUUCUUUCUUUCCCACCAACCAACAACACCAACAAACCAAAGGACAAGCUUCCUUUCCCUUCCACCACAGCAUUCUUGCCAACAAACUUCACCAUCUUGGCACACCAUGCUUGGCACACCCUCACCCUUGGCCUUGGCACCAAGAAAUCCAAGGUGGUCCUCUUUGUGUUUGAAACUGAGGCCAUGAAAGCCUCAGUGGACAGAAUAUGGCCACCAGAGAUUGCACUUGGCGAUGUGAACAAGAGGCUCAUAAGGGGCCUCAAUGGAUGUGAGAUGGCAAGGUUCAAGUUCAGAAAAGGGUGCAUAACUUUCUAUGUCUAUGCUGUUAGACAGGUUGGAAGCUUUGGCUUUUCCUGUGCUGAGGAUCUAAGGACUAUUCUGCAGUCUGUGGUGGAGCUUAAAGAUUUCUUGGAUCACACUGCCAUGCUUUCCAUGCCUCACCAGAGAAGCAUCAGUUACUCAGAGUCACACCCCCAGUUAGCACAGAAACCAGUUCAGUCGUUGAAAGUUAUGGUAAGAAAUUCUAUUAUUGUUCUCUGUGCAGAGUAA